AUGUUUGGGCCGAAUCUGAACUUCCAUUACCCGAUCCUCAUCACAUCCUGUCACCAGCUGAUCCUUUUUACAUUGAGUUUGGCAUGUGUGUUUUGUUUCCCACACUUUCGUUUGGGUGCGAAGGAGUCAUAUUGGAUGGACUUGAAGACUUAUUGUUACAAAAUUUUGCCUUGUUCUGUAUCUUCGGCAGGAGACAUUGGACUGGGGAACACCAGCUUCAAGUUCAUCACGUUAUCACUCUACACAAUGAUCAAGUCGUCCAGUUUGGUCUUUGUGCUUCUGUGGGGAGUCGUGUUCAAGUUGGAGCAUCUGUCAUUGCGACUGGUGUGCAUUGUGUUGGUGAUGACGUUUGGGGUGGUGAUGAUGGUAUGGGGCCAAAAGGACCAGGAACAGCCUAUAGUCCCUGGUGGGGCAGCAGAUGACUCGGGGAAUUCAGAUACCUCUAGAAUGGCACUCAGAGCCCGUGGAUUAGAUAUACAGUCAGAGUUGUUCAUUGGAUGCCUUUUGGUGCUCAUGUCGUCGUGUAUGUCAGGACUCAGAUGGGCGCUCACGCAGAUUCUUCUCAAGAAGAAUAGAUACACCAAAAACCCAAUUCUCACUAUACUCUACAUCUCUCCUUCGAUGUUCCUGCUACUCUUUUUGAUCGGGUGCGGUGUCGAGGGACUCGGCAACUUUUUAGCCAGUGAGAUCUGGGCGCAGAAGGGUGUACCCUUCACGAUUUUGUUGCUCAUCAUUCCGGGAUUACUUGCUUUUGCGAUGACACUGAGCGAAUUUAUUUUGUUGUCUCAUGCAAGCCUUUUGACGCUUUCAAUCGCUGGGAUCUUCAAGGAACUGCUAACCAUUCUGCUAGGAUUUCUCAUUUUUGGUGACAAACUGUCACUGAUUAACAUAUUCGGACUGGCUAUAACGCUGGGUGAUAUUAUGUGGUACAACUACUUCAGAUUAAACGAAGAAGAUCCUAAGCAUUACGAGGAGUAUCAAUUGGUGGGGGUAGACGAGCACCAGAGGGAGAGGGAGAGAGAUUGA